AUGCAUGUUGCAAACACUCCUUUAGAAGAAUUACCGCUCGAUGAUGAUAAUAAUUCAGUAAAAGCAUUAGAAAUCUACAAAGUUUCCACACGAUCAAAAAGGCGUUGGGGAUACAUUCACGUCCCGUCAAAAGAAUUAAACGGUUCAACAAAUAAACAAAAAAAGAAAAUGAGAAGAUGGGGGUUUGUAGCCCCUGUUGUUGGCAUACCGAGCGAUUUUCCCGUACUUUGUUCAAUUACACCACCAAUAAGACAUAUAACGAAAUUAAAACCUAAACAAAUCCAACACAAAAAAAAUAUCACUUCAACCAUGCAAUCGCUUACCACAAUGUUCUCAUCCAUCCGAACUCAAUUCGCCAUCAAUAAUUAUAGAAUCAAUAUAUCAACUUCUAAUACUACUUUGGUUGAAUUAGAACCUUUUGAAAGAACCCUAAUUCAUUCUCUCAUCGCUCUAAGCCUUGCCUUGGUUGUUUAUGUCGCCUGGGAUCCACGUGUAGAAGGAGAUUUGUUGGCCGUAAAAUUAAUCGAAUAUAAUUAUAAUCUUGUACAUUAUGAGUAA